GUAACAGAAAAUACAGAGGGCGAGAGAAACAGCGACAAGGCCCCAAAGCAAGCCACUGCCAUCAAUGCAAGCGGCUGCUCCUGCCCUGCAAGGGCAAUGUCUGCUGUGUGGCUACACGUUGGACAAUGUGGCAAUCAGAUUGGCGAGGAGUGGUGGCAGAUCCUAACCAGGGAGAAUGUGCCGCAUGCAGAGGCUGAUCGAUAUCCGUUCUGCUCCCCCGAUGGAAAGCUAAGUGCUAUCUGCGUGGACAGCGAACCCAAAGUGGUGAGGAAGCUGCAGAAACAAGUCAAGAGCGGCUCUUUCAGGAAGAACAAUCUUAUCGUGGGGAAGCGAGGAAGAGGCAACAACUGGGCUUAUGGAUACCAUGGCCUGCACUCAGCCAACGAGAAGAACCUCCUAGAAAGGACAAUGGAGAGUCUGCGGAAGGAGGUCGAGCGCAGAGACUGUUACUGUGGGACGAUGCUUUUCCAUAGCCUCAGUGGUGGUACAGGAGCUGGCCUCGGUUCCCGGCUGUGUGAAGCGAUCCGAGACGAGAACUCCCUGGGUCAGAUCCUGACGGUGACGGUAGCCCCGCACCAGGCUGGCGAGAGCCCUCUACAGCACUACAACUCCUUGCUGUGCCUUUCGUGGCUCCAGCGACAUGUCGACGGCGUCCUCCUGUUCCAGAACGAUGCCGUGCUGAGGAGGACGGCAGCCCUGCUUGGGAAGAAAGCGCCAGUGUCUGACAUGCAGCCUCAGGUCUCCCUCUCCGCCAUGAACACCUACGUCGCUUCCUGCCUUGCUGGGCUGUUUUACCCGCUCAAGGCUUUCACGACAGGAAGUGGGAUCAGCGUGGGGAUGGAACCUUGGGAGCUGCUGAGGUCUGCCUGCCCCAUGCCGACUAUGAGAUUCCUUCACCUAGCUCAAGCCUGCAAGAGGCAGGAAUGGGGCCUGUCCCACCACGUGAAGAGCGAUUCUGAGCCUCUCCGAUGGGGGACGGUAUUUUGGGACAGCCUGGCAUCAUCUGUUGUGCACUCAUUGCCCCGUGAGUCUCACGCAGGACAGCCCCAUUAUAGCACCUCUGUGCUCGCUGUAGCCCGCAGCUACCAAGAGGACACCUUUCUUCUGUCCCGUGACUCGGUGCUGAGGAAGUUGAAGCAAGCCUACCACGAAGCCUAUCCUUGGAACCCCUUCUCUCUCAGCUGCUGGACAGACUCUCUCAACAUUGUGGAGCCCGGAUGUCACAGCCACUUGCUGACCAUCUGCGCCAACCACGGCAGCUCAGCGGAACUCCUGCAGCAGGUGGUGGCCAGAGCAGAGGCCAUGUACGAGACCAACGCAUACCUCCACUGGUACUGGCGAUACGGCUGUGAGGAGGCGGAUUUCCAGCAAGCCUUCGAGACGCUCUGCUCAGUGGCAGAUGAUUACAGUCGGCUGGGAGAAUAACACUGUCUGCUUUGGCACUUCCAGGCUGCUGGCUGUCAGCCUUCCUCCUGAGAGCCCGGAGAACCUCCAGGAAAGAUCGUGCCAAGGUUUCUGGGAAAGGGGUGGUUCUGCGGUGAGAGGGAUGCUGCUUUAAAUCAAUACUGUGACACAUAACACCAGGCAAAUAGAAUCACUUCUCAGCUGGUGGGGUGUGUGUGUGUGCAAAACAGACUGUGGGCUCGACUGUCUCUUGGUCCAUGGGCCCAUGCAGGGGUGAUAGGGAGAGUAAGAUCCCUUUGUGCCCCUGCACAGGCUAUCCAGACCUUGUAUAGAGGAAUAAGGGGGUGAACCAACCCCACCCAAUGAGUAGAUGGGUGGGGAAGGGCUCCCACCCGCCCAGGGCCAGCCAGCAUCGCAGGGGUAGUAAUUUACUGUUGGUUUGGAUUAGCAGCAAGUUGGUAUGCCCUGGAGCAAAGGGGAGUCGUAGAGGAAUCAUGCCUUUGCUUCUGGAGGAUAGAGGGCAUGUGGCAAGGCCACCAGGAAAGCCUAUACACGUACCCCCUGGACAUGCCUUGCCUCAGAAGAUCUCGCCCACUUUGGGAUGGUGACAUAAGGCUCUUAGGGAUCUAGGGUGUGGGUCCUUCUCCUUAAUGUUGAGCUAAAGCCAAAUCCUACUUACCUUCCAUAGAGGGGGAGCCACCCUGCAUGACAAAGGGGAACAGGUUUUGGUCCCUAAUUUGGUCCCUGGAAAACCAGAGAGGCAGCUAAAGCUACGAACAGGCAGGGUUACAAAGCAGAGAGAUUGAGCAGGUAAUUAGAGGGCUGAACAAAACCCUGAGCAGUUUUAUUCAGGGAGAAGACUACACACUAGUAAAGACCUGACUUAUCUCCACUUGUACAGCCAGGCAAGAGAUGCAGUUACAACGUGGUUGCAAUUUGGCCUGUAGACAGGACCUCAGAUGUUCCUUAACCAGGCUAAAGCCUUGGACACGUUCCAUAGGCAAUGUUUGGGGACAGGCAGGGGCAAACCUCACCCUUCCAUUGGGGCAUGUGACAGAGCGCCUCCUGCAGGUUUUACAAAGACCCUGUUAUUUAAUGUUGUGAAGGCCAAGACUAUAACAGGGUUCAAAAAAGAACUAGAUAAGUUCAUAGAGGAG